UGUAGAACAAGUACAACUAGAAUGUACCCAUCAACACACCUCAUGCACUCCCUCCCCUCCAUGACAAAGCUAGGCACCAACAAGCAAGUCUUCCUCCUCCAUCUCUCUUCCUAUAUAUGACACUGAGCUAGCUGCCUCAGCAGGCAGUAGCAUCGCAUGUAGACCAAGAAAAGAAGAAAGGAAAAAGAGAAACAAGCAGCAAGAAAUUAAGGAGAGAUCGAUUGAGAGGAGGAGCUGGCUAGUCGGGAUCUUCUUCCUGGAUCGGUAAUAAGGCCUAAUCGAUCUAUAGAUCGACCUUGCUUCCUCUACCCGUGGGCGAUCGAUUGAGCGCGAGGUAACUAACUGGUCUGUACGUGCAAGAACUCAGAAGAACCCAUCGAGAAGGAAGAAGGAAUUGAAGCAAGCACUGAUUAAGCUAGGUUAGGAGGUAGAGAUCGAAUUCGAAGCUGGCCAACAACAACAGGUGGUGGGACGAAGGGCGGCUGGGCCUCCCGCUGUCCGCGGAGGCGCCGCCGCCGCCACCAAUAAGCCUCUCCAGCUCCAGCAACAACAACCCCAACCCGGCGGCCACAACAACCAUGGCGGCCAAGCAGGCCGACGGGGAGCACAGCGGCGGCGGAAUCAGCGGCCACGACGACGAUCCGGAGCCCAAGGAAGGCGCUGUCGUCGUCCCCGCGAACCGGCGCCCGCGAGGCCGUCCCCCGGGGUCCAAGAACAAACCCAAGCCCCCAAUCUUCGUGACCCGGGACAGCCCGAACGCGCUGCGCAGCCACGUCAUGGAAGUGUCCUCCGGCGCCGACAUCGCGGACUCCAUCGCGCACUUCUCCCGCCGCAGGCAGCGCGGGGUGUGCGUGCUCAGCGGGGCCGGCGCCGUGGCCGACGUCGCGCUGCGGCAGCCGGCGGCCCCCGGCGGCGCCGUGGUGGCGCUCCGGGGCAGGUUCGAGAUCCUCUCCCUCACGGGCACCUUCCUCCCCGGGCCCUCACCGCCGGGGUCCACGGGGCUGACUGUCUACCUUGCCGGAGGGCAGGGGCAGGUGGUCGGGGGCAGCGUCGUCGGCACGCUCACCGCGGCGGGGCCUGUCAUGGUGAUCGCGUCCACUUUUGCUAACGCGACUUAUGAGAGGUUGCCUCUGGAUGACGAAGCUGAGGAGGAUCGGCAUGAAUUAGCUGGAAGGGGCGUGCCGGGUAGUACUGGGCAGAUGGCUCCUGGUGUUCCGCCGAUGAUGAUGGGGGAUCACUCGGCGGGGAUGAGUAUGUAUGGCCUGCCGGCGAGCCUGAUGCCGGGGGGAGGCGGCGGGCAUGCGCAGGCGGCGGCGGAGCAGGGGAUAAAUGCAUGGGCGCCGCAGCAUGCACGGCCGCCCUACUAGCGUUGGGAGGAUGGACGGGAACAGGAGCCGUCCAUGUGUCGACGUUUCCGAGCAUCCAUCGAUCGACCGAUCCAUCGAAGGAGAGAGAUCGAGCUCCCUCCUCGAGACUCCAUCCUGCAAAUAAUUAAGGGGCUUGCAUAUUUCCAUCUAGCAGCAGCAGCAGCUGUUAAUUAGAAUCUUGCUUAACUUGGUCUCAAAUCAAAUCAAAUCAAAUCAGCAUCAUCAGUUAUAGUACCACUUCGUAGUAGCUAGUAUGGUAAAAUUAAGGUCUCUAAAUGUAUGACUCUUGAUUAAUAUUAGUAUACGUCUGAUUGCAUGUAUCCUCGUUCACAAAUUAAGUUCAGGUUAAAACGAUCUCAUCUGUCUCUGAGGUGUUUUUUUGUUUAUUCCGGAGGGGAAUGAAUGGUGAAUAUAUCUACUCUACCUUGUA